AUGACCAAAUUCCCCGAAGUCAAGAGUCUGAUGACGAUUCGUCAGCUCAAAGGGGAAAUUCAAGCGCUGAUGACAGUGAUAGUGAAUAGCUUCCUCUUGCAUUUCACAUAA